GGCGACACUUUUUUUGCUAUACUUUGUAUACCAAACUUGAAUUUUUAUAUAAAUUGGCAAAAUUGUACGUCAAAAUGAAAAAAUUUAAACGUCGGAAACGUCGUAAUUGUCAAAUUUUGACUCGAACAAUUAUUUCCUAACCGCCAUAUUAUAUUGCAACCACCGAGUAACCACGCCGGAAUUUUGGAUUUUUAGAUUUUUCUGCAUAUAUAUUUUCUAAGCCCUAAUACUUUAUUGUGAGAAUAUUAUUCGUCGCUUCUAGGGAUUUACUAUGGAAAAUACAGUGAAACGUAAUGUGAGAUAUCAAAAAUGUACUAUUUGUGGUCUAAAGAGGACCCCUGGACUGGAGCCAAUGUAUUUUUGAAGAAGUUUCCACUUGAUCCAGAUCGUUUUCAAGAUAUAACAAAUUCAGAGAAUGUGCAAUGGAAUGAAAAUAUUUUAUCUAAAAAUGCUGAAUACAGCUUUCUCCCUUUGCCCUCUACUUCGCAGCCACCACAAGGACUUACUUUUGAAAAAACACUAGAUUCUACAUUAACUGAACAUGAGAAAAUCCUGCUGAGUCAUUUGACUCAAACUAAAUUAAGCUUAAAGCGUUUGGCAGUCGAAAUGCGAACUGUGAGGAAGACACAUAAAUUGUUUGUAGCUUAUAACGAUAUUAGCGGGGUCCGCACUGACAUGCCUAAUAGAAAUAAUAAUGAUGACAUUCAAGUUGUUGAUGAAAUAUUUUAUCCUGUUUUGUCUUUGCCCAAUGAAAUCGAUUUCUUUUUAUAUGAAAAUGAUUUAUGUAACUUUUUGGAGCAGCCAGUAGUAUAUGUUAGUGGUUAUUUAGCUGCAAAAUUAUUAGAUAGAACGAAAUGUCAGAAAUGUAAAGAUUCGUUAAAAGUUGAUAAACCAGUAGACGACUUAAACAAUUAUAUUAGUUUUAAAGAAUGA